UGUCUUGUAUUUGGUGAGUAUCGAAAACAUGGCGGCUGGUCCAGGUGAAGUGUUUGAAGAAAAGUUCGGAGUUCGCGAUGUUGAAACGAAGAGAGUUCGAGUACAUCGUACCCACAAAAGUAAAGAAGUAGAAGCUUUGCUAAAGUUAGAUCAUCCAAACAUCGCCAAGCUUCUUCACUGUGAAAGUGACGAUGAGUAUAGGUACUAUGCAUUGGGUCCGUGUUUGGCCACUUUAGAUCAGCUGUUCUUGAAGUCGGAUGAUGCAAGAAAAUACAAGGGACAUAUGCCACAUCAUAUCGAUGGCUUGCUGCAAUUAGCUUCUGGUCUCGAAUACAUCCAUUCAAAGGAUUUAGUUCAUGGAGACAUCAAACCAGAAAAUGUCCUGAUUGUGGAGGGAUCUGCUGGCCAAGAUGAGAUAACCCUCAAAUGGACAAAUUUUGGACUGACCAGAAAUAUCAGUGAAGCAAGGCAAACUAAUCCUUUCAGAAGAAAUAGGGCAUGGUUAGCCCCCGAGUUGCUUCAAUUGACAAGACGUAUGGAAAAUGUAGACGAAACCGGUUAUCAAGAUAACGUCAAAAACGACGUUUUUGCCCUGGGACUUGUUUUCGGUAGUCUAUUCUUGAACGGCGAACAUCUCUACGGUUCCAUCGAAAAUGAAAUUGCCGACAACAUCGUUAAAGGAAAUUCUAUCAACAUGCAAAAAAUGGAUGGUAAAUUACGCGACUGUUACGAGAAUGACGUAUUGAAAAAAAUUUUGAAAAACGACCCCAAGGAAAGAAUGACAUCGAUGGAAGUAGUCGUUCAAUUGCACUCGAUCAAGGAUAAGCUCACUGGAAAGGAAAAAGAAUUGCUUGAAUUGUGUGGGCGUGAUUCGCGAGAGGAUCUCACCGGAAAAAUAAAAGGAUUAAUUCAGUUCGGAAUAAACCUGGACGCAAGGGACAAAGAUGGAAGGAAUGCGCUUCAUUAUUUGUGUCGAUACCAUUCAAGCAAAAACCUAAUCGACGCAAUUCAAAUCUUGAUCCAAUCCGGAAUCGACGCAAAGGCAAAAAGCAACGAUGGAUCAAAUGCGCUCCAUUAUUUAUGUCGAGACAAUUCAUCCCGAAAUCUAUUCGCCGCAGUUGAUUUUUUGACUGAAAUCGGAGUGGAUGAAAUGGCAAAGGACAAAGAUGGGUGGACUGCGUUACACUAUUUGCAAAAUAAAGAUAAGAAAGAAAUGAAAAUUUCGUUCGACCGCGAAAAACGAAUAGGAGAAGGUGGUUUUGGUACGGUAUUCAAAGGGAAGUUCGGAGGUCGUGAAGUAGCAGUCAAAAGAGUUGAAAUACAUCGAGUCAACGAAAGAGAAGAAAAAGCAAUGCUAAAGUUAGAUCAUCCAAACAUCGUCAAACUUCUCCACUGUGCAAUGGACAAAAACUUUAUGUACUACGUAUUGGAAUUAUGUGUCACUUCUUUAGAUCAACUUUUCUUGAAGGAGGAUAAUCCCAAAAUAUACGAUGGAAUCAUACUUUGCAUUUUUCAUCAGCUAGCUACAGGCCUGGCAUACAUCCAUUCAAAGAAUUUAAUUCAUCGAGACAUUAAACCGGAAAACAUUCUCAUUAUGCGAAGUCCUGAAAAGCAUGAAUCAAUAAUAAUCAAAUGGUCUGAUUUUGGACUGGCCAAAUCCGUAAACGAAAAGGGACUUCACACGUGGACUGGAGCGAACGGAACCAGAAAAUGGUUCGCACCCGAAGUGCUGAAAAAACUUCUCGACGAAGAAAAGGCGAAAAACGAUGACUUUUGGGGCACCGUCAAGAGCGAUGUGUUUGUCCUCGGCCUCGUCUUCGGUUACAUUUUCUUGGAGGGAAAACAUCUAUUCGGUUCAAGUGAAAGACAAAUUCAUGAUAACAUAAUUGGAGGACGUCCGGUGAAUAUGAAUAAUAUUGAUGGCGAAGUGCGCAAAUAUUAUGAGGAUAACUUACUAACCAAAAUGCUGGAAGACGAUCCGGAAAAAAGAAUAAAAUCGGCACAGGUUGUCCAACAACUGGAAUCCAUUAAGAAUAAAUUGACUGAAAAAGAAAAAGAAUUUCGUGAACUUUGUGCUACUAACUCUUCGCCUGAUCUAUUAGAAAGAAUCAACGACUUCAUUCGCCUUGGAAUCGAUGUGAAUGCAAAGGGCAAUGAUGGGCGGAAUGCGCUUCAUAAUUUGUGUCUAUCAAAUUCAAGCUCAAAUUUAAUUGACGCCAUUCAACUCUUAAUCCAAAAGGGAAUCGAUGUGAAUGCAAAGGACUAUGAUGGAUGGAAUGCGCUCCAUUAUUUGUGUAAAUCAAAUUCAAGCUCAUAUUUAAUUGACGCCAUUCAACUCUUAAUCCAAAACGGAAUUGAUAUGAAUGCCAAGGACAAUUUAGGACGGAAUGCGCUCUUUCAUUUGUGUGGCUGGAAUAAAAGCUUAAACAUAACUCUUGCCAUUGAACUCCUAAGUAACAAAGGAAUUGACGUGAACGCAAGGAACAAUUUUGGACGAAAUGCGCUCCAUCUUUUGUGUCGAAACCAUUCAAGCCCAAAAAUAAUUGACGCCAUUCAACUCUUACGCGACAAAGAAAUUGAGGUGAAUGCAAAGGACAAGUUCGGACGGAAUGCGCUUCAUUAUUUAAGUGAAUCAAAUUCAAGUCCAACUUUAAUUGACGCCAUUCGACUCUUAAUCAAACUGGGAAUUGAUGUGAAUGCCAAGGACAAUUUAGGACGGAAUGCGCUCUUUCAUUUGUGUGGCUGGAAUAAAAGUUCAAACAUAACUUUUGCCAUUGAACUCUUGAACAACAACGGAAUUGAUGUGAACGCAAAGGACGAGUGUGGACUGAAUGCGCUCCAUUAUUUAUGCCAAUCAAAUUCAAGCUCAAAUUUAAUUGCAGCCAUGCAACUCUUAAUCAAAGUGGGAAUUGAUGUGAAUGCAAACGACAAUCGUGGACGGAAUGGGCUCCAUCAUUUGUGUCGAAACAACUCAAGCCCAAAAUGUGAGUGGAAUUCAAGUCCAAAUUUAAUUGUCGCCAUUCAACUUUUACUCAAACUGGAAAAUUGUGUCGUAUCAAACGGUCACGAUGCACGAAGUUAUUUACUCGAUAAUGAUAAGAUUACCAACAAGAACGAAAUCCUAAAACUACUCGACGAAGCACUUCUUUAGCUGAAUUAUAACUCGUUUCUAGGUAAUGAAAUGCGCUUUGACGAUUGAAAGCUAAAACAAGGCGAC